AUAAUGGCCUAAUCUCUCUCUCUCUCUCUCUAAAAAAAUCAAAAUCUCUCUCUCUCUCUCUCUCUCUCUCUCUCUCUCUCUCUCUAAAAAAAAUCAAAAGCUUGCACUAGUUUCUCCCAUGCAGUUGUCUUCUUCAUGUUCCAACAUCUGUACUGCCUAUGUUAUGUACUCUCCCUUUCUCCUUCCCUUCUGGUGGUCCUUCCUCUUUUUUUUAUAUAUCUCGUCAUUUUUUCAUAGUUCCAUAUCCAACACUAGUUCCUCCUCCUCCUUUUUCUAGAGAACCCUCUCUCUCUCUCUCUCUCUCUCUCUCUCUCUCAUAUUUCUUGCAGAAGGAUGUCUAGCAGGAGGUCGAGGCAGUCGCCGGGCACUUCUAGUAUCAACGAUGAUCAGAUCAUGGAUCUUGUGUCCAAGUUGCAGGAAUUACUUCCCGAGAUUCGUAACAGGCGAUUAAACAAGGCAUCGGCUUCAAAGGUGCUACAAGAGACCUGCGACUAUGUUAGGAAAUUGCAUAAAGAGGUGGACGACCUAAGCGAGCGACUCUCCCAGCUGUUGUCUACCAUUGAUUCGGAUACGCCACAAGCUUCCAUAAUCAGAAGUUUGAUCAUUUCGUAAUGAACCGGCCGGUAGCUAACCAAAACUGGCUAGCUAGUUCUGUAGCUGCGUCUUGUAAUUUCUAGGGUUUGGUCUGUACUAUAGCUAAGGCCAUGCCAACUUGGGAUUAAUUACGACCAUGAAUUGUAUGCAGAGGUUGUAUGUAUGUAUGGACAAUAAUUAGGUCAUGCUCGUACCAAAAACAAUAAUUAUGUAUGUAUUAUGAGUAGCUAUAUAUCUUUGUUCUCCAA